AUGAUGGCAAACAACAACAUUCCCCAUUCUUCUCUAUGUGUCACCACGACAGACUUUGAGCAGGUCGCAAAGAAUAUCCUGCCGGAGAAGUCAUGGGUUUAUGCAUCAAGCUCAGCUGCUACAGGCCUGUCAAUGAGGACCAAUCUCGAUGACUGGUCUCUGAUCAACUUUCGCCCCCGGAUCUUGAGGAAUGUUGAUUCAAUGGACACCCGAAGGAACAUCUUGGGACAUAUCUCUCAGUUCCCCUUCUUCGUAUCGGCUAUGGGUACACUGGGCAGCUCACACCCAGGCGCUGAACCCUUGCUGGUGAGAGGAGCGACUCGCAAAGGUAUGCACACCAUGAUCAGUACAGCAUCUACGAAGCCGCUCGAGGAGAUCAUGGAUGCUCAUCUGGACGAGCAACGGCUACUUGGCAAUCAAAGCCCUUCCAACUUGUCAUUCCAGUUCUACGUGCCUGUAGAUCGGACAAGAGCCAAGUUACUCAUUCAAAGAGUCAAGGCAGCCGGAUAUCAAAGUCUGUGGGUGACAGUGGACACCUCAACGCUAGGAAAGCGUACUGCCGAUCGUUACCUCCAAGCACAAGAAAAUCUCGACGCUGGUUUGGCCGAAAACAAAAGAGACAUUCACGGCGAGAACGACUUUGCGCCAGCGUUCGGGGGUCGUCAGGUUCCCGGUUCGGUAGAUGGUGGUCUUACUUGGGAGGAUUUGGACUGGAUUUCGUCAGAGUGGAAUGGGCCACUGGUUCUCAAGGGGAUUCAAAGUGUAGAGGACGUGAAGCUGGCUGUCCAACAUGGUGUACACGGAAUUCUAUUGAGCAACCAUGGAGGCAGGCAGAUUCAUUCCGCCCCAAGUUCAUUGAUGACGCUCCUGGAGAUUCGCACGUACUACCCGGAGGCCUUCGACAAGCUCCAGGUGUUUGUUGAUGGAGGUCUUCGCGACGGAGCAGAUGUGCUGAAGGCGUUGUGUCUCGGAGCGACCGCUGUUGGAGUGGGCCGGCCUUACUACUAUGCCCUCGCGGCAUACGGCGCUGAAGGAGUGGAAAGGUGUACAGACAUUAUCGCCGAAGAACUUGAGAUCACCAUGAAGAUGCUUGGAGUCUCUUCCCUAGACCAACUGGGGCCAGAUAUGGUAAAUACCAGCCGACUAGUGAAUGAAAUGUGGCGACCAGUAUUUGGAAAGUCCAAGUUGUGA